AUGUCUGGUCAAGUUACUCUCCAGAGCUCCGACUCUGUCGAUAUCACCGUUGAGCGCGCUGUCGCCGAGCGCUCCAUGCUCAUCAAGAACUUAUUGGAAGAUUUGGGCGAAUCCGACGAGCCUGUCCCCAUUCCCAACGUCAACGAAUCCGUCUUGAAGAAGGUCAUUGAGUGGUGCACUCAUCACAAGAACGAUCCCCAGUCCACUGGCGAAGAUGACGACAACCGCCGCCGCACCACCGAGAUUGACGAGUGGGACCAGAAGUUCAUGCAGGUUGACCAGGAGAUGCUGUUUGAGAUUAUUUUGGCCGCCAACUACCUCGACAUCAAAGCCCUUCUCGACGUUGGCUGCAAAACCGUCGCAAAUAUGAUCAAGGGCAAGUCCCCCGAGGAGAUCCGCAAGACCUUCAACAUUCAGAACGACUUUACUCCCGAGGAGGAGGACCAGAUCCGUCGUGAGAACGAAUGGGCUGAAGAGUAA